GGAAAAAGAAUAUAACGAUGUUCGCCUUGAGCUCGAGACUGAUAUCUGCCGCAGCUGUCACUGCUGUGUUGUUUCUGAUAUCUGCUGAAGCUGAGCCUAGUUUCAAACUGAUAGAAAAAUUCGACCUGGAGAAGUUUCAGAAACAAACAUGGUGGGUGACUCAUCGAGCCCAACGACUCCGCCCAGGCCAUCUUGAUCGUUGUCUAAAGGUGACCAUUAGUCGACCAUUUAGAAGCAACCAGCUUUAUAUCGGAAUUGACCACGAGAACUCAGGCGUCAUCGAUCAGGCCUACUUUCCGGUCGAGUUCAAUUCUCAAGGAUUCACCUUUAGAAUGGAGGACAAUGAAGUCGCUCGGGUCGACGUAGUAGACACCGACUAUACCACCUACUUCAUCGGAUAUAUGAGCUUCGAAAAAAGGCAAGACGAGUUCCUGUUCACGUAUUCCAACAUGCCUAAGCCUGAAGGAGCUCUUUUAUCAAAAAUGUCUGAUAGUCUCUUGGAGAUUGCCGGAAUAGGGAUAGAUGCUCUGGAACCUGUCGACAACGACGAUUGUUCUGAUGCCGAGGGCUAAGCAACCAGCCUACUGCACGUUUUUUGCAGCGAGAAGCCAAACUGAAAGACAAUGUCAAUUUUGUUGCUCCUAUUAUUAUUAUUAUUAUUAUUAUUACUCGCCUUUUCAGCAAUUUUCUGUCUAUUAAUAUAGUUUUCUACUGGGUAGACAGUUGAGUAUGAAGGGGCUUAUCUUAGCGAGCAGCUUUUGACGUGCGUUGAAGUGCGUUAUUAUCGUCACGCCUAAGUAGUAGGACAAAGGGAG